CAGUCCUACAAUACUGUAGACAUUAAAACCGACGUAAUAUUAAUAUUCUCUGCUUUAUUUCUAGAUUCAGAUGAUCCUGCUGUGAUUUGCCAACGUGAACUCAAAUCUAAUCUAAAGAAGAAGUUUCAAUGUGUAUUUGAGGGGAUCGCUAAACAAGGAAACCCAACACUUCUCAAUAAGAUCUACACAGAGCUCUACAUCACAGAGGGUGGAACAGGAGAGGUCAAUAAUGAACAUGAGCUGAGACAGAUUGAGACAACAACCAGGAAACAAGCAAGACCAGAGACUGCAAUCAAAUGUAACGACAUCUUCAAACCCUUAACUGGACAAGACAAACUUAUCAGAACUGUGCUGACAAAGGGAGUCGCUGGCAUUGGAAAGACAGUCUCUGUGCAGAAGUUCAUUCUGGACUGGGCUGAAGGAAAAGCAAAUCAGGAUAUCCAAUUUGUAUUUUCAUUCCCUUUCCGGGAGCUGAAUUUGCUGAAAGGGGACAACCAUACUUUCAUUAAACUUCUCAAUCACUUCUCAAUGGAAACCAAACAAUCAAGAAUCUCCAACUUCGACAAGUACAAAGUUCUGUUCAUCUUUGAUGGUCUGGAUGAGUGCCGACUGCCCCUAGACUUCCAGAAGAACAAGAUCUGUUGUGACGUCACAGAGUCAACCUCAGUGGAUGUUCUGCUGACAAAUCUCAUCAAGGGAAAUCUGCUUCCCUCUGCUCUCCUCUGGAUAACUACCCGACCUGCAGCAGCCAGUAAGAUCCCUUCAGAGUGUGUUGACCAGGUGACAGAGGUACGAGGGUUCAAUGACCCACAGAAGGAGGAGUACUUCAGGAAGAGAUUCAGUGAUGAGGACCUGGCCAGCAGAAUCAUCUCACACAUAAAGACAUCAAGGAGCCUCCACAUCAUGUGUCACAUUCCAGUCUUCUGUUGGAUUUCUGCAACAGUCCUUGAACACAUGCUGGAACAUAAGAGAGAAGAGAUGCCCAAGACUCUGACUGAGAUGUACACACACCUUGUGGUGUUUCAUACCAAACAGAAGAAUGAAAAGUAUCUUGGGAAAGAAGAGACAGGUCCACACUGGAAUCAAGAGAGCAUUCUGUCACUGGGAAAACUGGCUUUUCAACAGCUUGUGAAUGGCAAUCUGAUUUUCUAUGAAGAAGACCUGAAAGAGGCUGGCAUUGAUGUCAAUGAAGCCUCAGUGUACUCAGGAUUGUGCACACAGCUCUUUAAAGAGGAAUGUGGGCUGUACCAGGACAAGGUGUACUGCUUUGUACAUCUGAGCAUUCAGGAGUUUCUGGCUGCUGUAUAUGUGUUCCUCUCAUUCAUUAACAACAAUGAGAAUCUAAUGGACAAACUGCAAACAAAAGAUGAGCCUGAAGUUACUUUCUACAAGAGUGCUGUGGAUAAAGCCUUACAAAGUGAGACGGGAAACCUGGACCUUUUCCUCCGCUUCCUUCUGGGCCUCUCACUGGAAUCCAAUCAGAAGCACUUACGAGGUCUAAUGACAAAGACAAGAAGCAGCUCACAGAGCCAUGAAGAAACAGUCAAGUACAUCAAGGAGAAGAUCAGGGAGAAUCCCUCUCCAGAGAGGUGCAUCAAUCUUUUCCACUGUCUGAAUGAACUGAAUGACCAUUCGCUAGUGGAGGAGAUCCAAAGAUACCUGAACUCAGGAAGUCUCUCGGAAGCCAAACUGUCACUUGCACAGUGGUCAGCUCUGGUCUUUGUGUUGCUGACUUCAGAAAAGGAGCUGGAUGUGUUUGACCUGAAGAAAUACUCCAGAUCAGAGGAAGGUCUUCUGAGGCUGCUGCCAGUGGUCAAAGCCUCCAGAGCUGCUCUGUGA